CAGAGAGCUCAUCAAAUUAUAGGUCUUUUAUUUUCUUUUGACACCUGACCUGUCGACAACACAGUUCGUGUCAACCAUUUCGACAUUUGGUCGUCAUUCGUAAAACUCGUCGAUCUUUCCUAUUAUUUGCUCAGCGCACCUACCACAGUAUAGUAACAUAUGGGGUCCGCUCUCUUAAAAAAAGGCUUAUGGGUUCUGAUCUUCUGCAUCCUAAAUGCGGAGCUGAACGCUUCGCAAGAUUUGGAGGGCAUCUUCCAAGACUAUGGCAGCAAGAAAACUCAACGAUUCCCAGUUUACCAUACAGUAAAGGGCUUUGAUAUUCAAUUGAGAUUCUCCACUGAAACUUGCACGGGGCAAUUGGUGGAGAUAAAGAGUAAGGACACCAAUCAUUUCUUGCGUCUCACGCUUCUCGACAUAGGCCCCAUUCGGAUGUCAUACAGUACCCCUAACGGUAAGAGCCAAUUGAAUCUUGCUAUGCCAUUAAAAGGAGGGUUCUGCGAUGGCAAGAGGCGCUCUCUUUGGCUCAGCACCUACCGUGGUGUUGUUUCAUUUGGUGUAGACAAAGCUCCUCCAAUAAGGUUUUACGUGGCACUCUUAAGAGAACUAUUUCCGUCACCAGCAAAUAUAAUUAUUGGCAAAGGUCUUCAAGGAUGUGUUUCUGGUUCCACGGUUGUCCUUCGUAUCAGUAAAACCCAGGAAUACCGUGUUGGAACGUCGUCUGGUUGUACUAUGAAUAAACCCACUACUCAAUCUCCGAAGCAAAUGCUUGCACAGGUAUUGGAAAACUCCGAUAAGGUAACAAAGGUAACGACUAAGAGGACAACCUUGAUAAGGGGAACUCUGACUGAGAACGAGCAAAUGUGGAUGACAAAUUCACUGAAGAAAGUAGCAACGAGAAAUCCAGUUCUACCAACGAAAGCUGAGGAAAGUACAACUGAAGUAACAUCUCUAAAAAAGGAUGCACGCUAUACAACAGAAAAUCAAGGAAAGGCUACUAUUGUGGAAAGUUCUUCGGCAUUGACCACUGAAAUAGACUUAAGGGUGUCUACAACUGCGACGGGAUCCUCUAUGGUGACAGGAACACUAUCAACAGUUAUAGGAAAAGAAAAACUUGAAAAACGCUUGUCAACAGCUGCUCCAUUAGUUGAUAAUAAGUCGAGCAAGAGAAACGAAACGAAGAAUGGCAGGGACACAGUACCGACAAACACAGUCAGUUCACGUUGGAAUAUUUCAACGCCAGUAAUGUCUACAACAAAACCAGGCGUUUGUGGAGGUGUGCUGAUGUCUGUCAAGGGCCAGUUGAUGUCACCAGGAUACCCAAUAGGGUAUCCCUCCAACACAACAUGUAUAUGGUCCAUCAUCUUACCAAGUGAUUACCACCUCAUCAGUUUUACUUUCCAUAAAGUGUACUUAGAGGAGGACAGAAACUGCGUAUAUGACUAUAUUGCUGUGUGCGACAUGUUGGGCAAUGAAGUGGGUCAGCGGUAUUGUGGGUCCAUCACGUCUCCUAUCCUAAAACACGUCAAAGGCAACAUGGCCACAGUUGUUUUCCGUUCAGAUUCUGCAAACAGCAAGAAGGGAUUUAUCUUGUCUUAUAAAGGUCGGAAAUGCCAUAACCCAUCGGUUGUGGAUGAGUGAAAGAUAACUUUAGUAUAAGGCAUGUAAAAAGCAAAUCCAGCUUUGUAGUUAAGAGCCUUCUACUAAUUACCUGGUUAGAAAGAACGUCCAAAAAAGUUCACCUGAAGCCACGUAGGAGUUGUAGGUGAAGUCCGUUUGACAUAAAUUGCGCAAUUUGUCGAGUAUUUCGGAAAUUUUGAUUCCCAUAAACCCCUUGAAAUUGUUCUCUAAAAUGUUCACAAAGUAACAAAACCGGCAGUUUUUAGAUAGCAGUAACUGAAAACCUUUCUCAAAGAUUUUCAUCGCAUUUUGUUAUAAACAUUAUACAGUAAUAAACAUUUUAUCAACAA